AGUUGUGAGGCGACAUCUUUCUAACGAUAGUUUUUCAAUAUCAAGAGGAGAUUCCUUUACACAUGGGGCGCAUCGUCUCGUACGGAAAUCGGCAUUAUCACUGACGAAUGAGUGCAUAACGAACGUCGAACCUGUUCUGCUCACCCAGAGAUGGACGGUAAGCAACUUUUCUUCGUUGCUGAAGCUUUCCCAACCGGGUUUAUGUCUUCGAAGCAGCGUAUUCAAAUAUCCUUCAAUGCCUGAGGCUUGCUGGCAGCUAUGUCUUUAUCCUGGAGGUAAACGUCCUGAGAACGCAAAUAACGUGUCAUUGUUCUUAAAGAUGUCUGCUACGUCUCCUCUGAAAGAGGUGGUCGUCAAAGCAGAGUACCGUUUCUUUUUUUUGGAUGAUGACGAUGAAAUUAAGUUUAGUAAUGUUAACAUUGGUGACUUCCAUGCAAAGCCACCUAAAGGCGGGCAUUCAUGGGGUUUGCGAAAUAUCCCAAGACAGAAGGUCCAGAACAGUAUUAGAGCUGACCAUUCUUUGGUUAUAUCGUGCACAGUCGAACUUCUACCAGAUACUGGUCGCAUACCAUGUAGGCGAGUAGAGCAAAUUACAGAGCUUGCAAUGUUUACGGAUCCUGAGAAUUCGCUAUAUUCCGACAUUAGUGUUGCUGCUGGGUCCGGUGACGAUCGAACGGUGUUCUCUGUACACAAAUACAAACUUAUCACUCAUUCAGAUGUGUUUCGUGCCAUGCUCGAACAUAAUAUGGAGGAAAGCAAAGUGUGUCAUUUUGUUGGAUUUCGAAUUAGGUGGACAAUUUCUAAUGAGGCACAAAGAUUACACUAA